AUGGCAGCCGCGCCGUGCAGCAAGGUGUCGUACAACCCACACCACCUCCACGGUGGGUCAGUCCACCCGCUUCCACUCCACGUCGAUGGUCGCCGGCGGCACCGAGCUGUCAUCCAGGCGCACGAUCUUUCCCGAGCUCAGCCGCACGGUGAGCUCCAGUGGCCCAGCCUGGUCCCGAGGCCCCUCCCCCAGCUCGCGCUCGGCGAGCGCCUCGCCCACGAUGCGCCCCCCGGCAUCCGCCACGGGCAUGGUGAGGAUGAUCCUCUGGCGCCGCACGCCGUUGAUGCUGGUGCUGGUGGAGGCCUGGCUGAUGGGGCCCAGCAGGGUGGCCGGGCCGCCCAACAGGCGCCGCAGCUCGGCGCUGGACUGCACCAGGCGCGCGCUGCGUUCCUGCGUGGCGGCUGCAGCCUCCGAGGCCUGCGCCAUCUGCUCUGCCACCGAGGAGAGCGCGGAGCUGACUAG